UUGCGCCGGAAGUUGAGAGAAUUGUAUCGGAAAACGCUACUUGACUUGUGGUUUGUUGUAGAAAAAUGGCAAACAGGACUGUAAAGGAUGCACAUAGCAUACAUGGCACAAAUCCGCAGUACUUGGUUGAAAAGAUCAUUCGAACGCGAAUCUAUGAGUCGAAAUAUUGGAAGGAAGAGUGUUUCGGGCUUACGGCCGAGCUGGUGGUGGAUAAGGCCAUGGAGCUGAAGUACGUGGGCGGUGUUUACGGUGGGAACAUCAAGCCCACGCCGUUCCUGUGCCUCACCCUGAAGAUGCUGCAGAUCCAGCCAGAGAAAGACAUCAUCGUCGAGUUUAUCAAGAACGAGGAUUUCAAGUAUGUACGUUUGCUUGGUGCCAUGUACAUGAGGCUCACUGGCUCGUCAGUGGAUUGCUACAAGUACCUGGAACCCCUGUACAAUGACUACCGGAAAAUUAAAACCCAGAACAGAAAUGGAGAGUUUGAGCUGAUGCACGUGGAUGAGUUUAUUGACGAGCUGCUGCAUGGUGAGAGAGUGUGUGAUGUCAUCCUGCCUAGGCUUCAGAAGCGGCAAGUUCUGGAGGAAGCAGAACUCUUGGAGUCCCGCAUCAGCGCUUUGGAGGAAGAUCUGGAUGAAGUGGAGACCAGUGAUGAUGAAGAUGAGGAGGAAGAAGUGAAGCCCGAGAGAGGCCAGUCUCAGGAACCACACCGACGGGGUUACCGUGACAACGACCGACCCCGGCGUUCACCUUCUCCGCGUUACAGACGCAGCCGAUCUCCAAGACGGAGGAGCAGGUCACCGAAAAGGCGAAGCCCUUCACCAAGGAGGGAGCGCCACCGUAGUAAGAGCCCACGACGACACCGCAGUCGGUCCCGAGAGAGGCGGCACCGCUCUAAAUCUCCAGGUCAUCACAGGAGUCACAGGCACAGGAGUCAUUCCAAGUCUCCAGAAAGAUCAAAGAAGAGUCACAAGAAAAGUCGAAGAGGAAACGAGUGAAUUUUUUAAAUUGUGUACCCUACCGUUACCUUUUUGUACAGUCUGCAUUUUGUGGAAAGCUUUCAGUUUUUCUAUUU